UAAUCAUCAUCAUUCAUACACAAUGUUAAUUUUUUCAGGACAUCUUGUAAUCCAGGAUUGAAGCAGUUGAAGUUUUUGGGGCUUUACUUUUUUUUGUGGGUACUACAGCUGUACGUCAUUUUACCUGUUUGUAAUACAGUAAGACAGUGAAAUCUAUUUGUGUUUUCUGCUUACACUUUGCAAUAGUAAAUAUUUCUGUUGUUUUAGUCAUCAAAUAAUAUUUUACAAAGGUAUGAUAUCAGAUUCUUUAAAUGCAAAUGUGUUAUCAACAGAAUAUCCUGCUAAUAUUGACCGAUAUGAAACACAAAUUGGAUCAGAACCACCUGAUUUCGAUCAUCAUGAAAUUUUAGUGCAGUCAGAGCUGGAAUUAGAUGGUAAAAAGGUUCAAGCUUACCUUACUGAUACAAAAUUAUGUUGGUGUGCCACGUAUGGCUCAACUAAAAUACGUAAACAAAGACGAUCAACCCAUGUCAUAAAUGUAUCAAAUAUAAUUCUCACUUGUUAUGAACAGAGAGAUAAGAAAAACAAAAUCGUGAAUGAAAUAGAACUAUUUCCAAGUCAAUAUUUCAGUGUUCAUUUUGCAAAGAAAUGUAAACACCACAAAUGGAAGUACCAAUGCAUUCAUUUUCAUGCUGCAGACUCGGAACAAUGUCAAGCAUGGGUGGAUGGAAUACAGAAUUUAUUGAUGGGAUUUACACGCCCGAAAAAGCUUUUAGUGUUUAUAAAUCCUGUUGGAGGGAAAAAGCAAGGUGAAAAGAUAUAUCAAGAAAAAGUUGCACCGUAUUUCAAUAUAGCUAAAAUAUCACAAACUAUAAUAAUAACUGAAAGAGUAAACCAUGCAAAAGAUUAUUUGUUAUCUGAAGAUGUAUCCUCCUUUGAUGGUGUACUUUCGGUUGGCGGUGACGGAAUGCUUAGUGAAAUCAUAAAUGGUAUGUUACGAUACAGAGAUGGCUCUCAUAAAGUAGUGAAAUCAUCGAAAGACAAACCUCUCAUUAUAGGAAUUAUACCUGCAGGUUCUACCGAUACUGUUGCAUAUUGUACGUCUGGUACAAAUUGUCCAAUUACAGCUGCAUUGCAUAUUAUUUUAGGAGAUCAACUUCCACUGGAUGUAUGUUCCGUUUCGGAGUCUGAUAAAUUUUUGAAAUAUUCAGUAUCGUUAAUGGGGUAUGGAUACUUUGGUGACUUAGCUAAAGAAAGUGAAGCACUACGGUGGAUGGGUCCGAAACGGUAUGAAGUAGCAGGUUUUAAAAGAUUUAUGGUCAACAGGUCAUAUGAAGGAGAAAUAAGCUUUGUGGAAACACAAACUGAAGUAGAGUCAAAAAGCAGAUGUCAGUCUGGUUGUCAGCGAUGUUCAAUGUUUUUGGAGGAAACAGACCAUUCUGUAGAAGACCAAUGGACAACAGUUAGAGGACGUUUUAUAAGUGUGAUUGGUGCGAACAUAUCUUGCCGCUGUGCUCGCAGUUCAACUGGACUGUCACCACACGCCCACACAGGAGACGGGUGUAUCGACCUUAUUCUUAUCAAGAAAACAACGCGUGCAAAAUAUCUCCAUCAUUUGAUUAAAGUUUCUGAAAAGACAACAGAACACUUUGACUUCAACUUCAUCGAUGUUCACAGAGUGAAAGAAUUUAAAUUCAAAGCUUUAACGUCAGGCAACAACGCAGACGACGAAUCAAACGUCGAAUCGAUAUCAAGUACGUCGCGUGCUGGCCAUCACCAUGACCACCACCAUGAGACUAGUGUGUGGAAUAUUGACGGUGAAAUUGUGGAGAAUCCUGAUAUACAUAUCAGAGUUCAUCGACAGCUUCUGACUGUUUUUGCACGAGGGAUUGAAGAGUGAACUUGUUUAGUUUUACGAGGAAUAACUAUAUAACAGACCGCGGAACUACCAAUGAUGUAAAAGAGUUUGGAAUUUUUGGUUUCACAUAUAUCCGUUGACUUAUACAAUUAUCACGAGAAGAUUGAUGAAAUAUUAGAUAAAUAUAUACAUAUUUAAAAAUUUAACAUUUAAACAAUUUCAUGUGGUGUUUACAUGAAAUCAAGGUAAAUUUUUUUAACAUGCUAACGUAUGCUACAAAAUACUACAGAAAGAAAGUGUGUGAUAAGUCUUGAUAAAACUAAUUUCAAUUAGCAUCACGCGCACUGCAAAAUUACAUAUUAAUUCUUCUCUAUUUCCUAUGUACACUCUCAUAUAAGUUAUUUCUCAUCUGCGCACAUGUUUUAAUAGAUUUUCAGUGCAAGCUACCUAAUGUAAAAACCUUGAUGAUUUAAUCAAGAUUUGUCCCGAUUUCAAAAAGAGGAAGGGUGAGGGUGGAAGGUAGGGAGGGACAUGCAUGAAACGUUCAUGUGGGUGGGACAUGGAAAAUUCCCCAUUUUCUUGACACAGUAAGUGGCCUUUUGAAUAGUUUUAUAUUUUCAAUUUUCAAUUUUCAAUACUUUUCCUUUGAAUAUUUUCGGUGAAUUAUUUGAAAAUUGUUACUUAAACUUAAAGCGAAAAUCAGGAAAUUCCGGCGCUAGGACUCGAGAAUAUUAAAGAAAUUUAUUAGUAAAAACAAGUAUAAAUCUUGGUACCUUUUUGUUUCCAUUUUUAUCAAUCUAAACUUUUGUUACCCUUAACUGAGGAUAAACACAGUUUUUAUUAGUUCUAAUUUAGUCUAAAAAGUGUCAAAAUUGUCCUAAAUUUUCAUAAUUGUUUUAAAUCUCACACAUCUCACAAAAUUAGCUAAAUUGGACAAUCUGAUGUCUUUGAGCCCUGAAAGGCUUAAAAUAGUGAAUCAAAGCGUCUGUUGAAUUGUACUACGCAUAAUAAAGUUGAUAUUAGCCACAUUACAAAAAAUUCUAUUUUCUCCCAUAUCUAACGAAAAGUAUUCUUAAUUUUACCUGGUGUUUUUUAAUAUAGGAGUUGUUUGAAUCAUAGAAAACAUCAUGUUGUACGGACAACAUAAUGUUUAUGUUGAACUAAUUUAAAAUACACAAAACCAUAAGCACCUGCGCAUGUUUUGUCACGUGAUUAACAACUUAGUACACAGCUCCAACAGUAAUAUCAAACAGGCAUCAUGUUGAUGCGUAAUUUACAGAUUUUUGUGGUGAGAGUGUUAACAAUCAGUUAUGUUCUGUCUUUGUUAGGUUUGACAAUAAAAAUCACACUAAGAUUACUUGAAUUAAUAUGUAUAUAAUAAUUGUAUAUUUUUUAUUAUGAAAAUCACAUGUUUUAUUUGGCUGGCCAACUUGUAAACAAAUAUUUACGUUAAAAUUAUUAUUAUUC